GGGAAGUGGAACAAAAGCGUCCAACACUAAAUCAAAAACCUAUUUCCUUGAAAAUUAUAAAGUGCAAAAUUUGAGUGGUAAGUGCAAUGUGAUGAAAACUAUGAUGUUGGGAUUAAAAGAAGGGGAGCACGUUAAGGUGCAUUGCACUAAAAGGACAUUCAAUAUGGAAAAGGACUUUGAAAUUAGUGUCACCGUUGAAGACACCGAUCAACUUCUCUCGGGAGCAUGGCUCAAUAUAUCAAUAAUACAAGUUUUUGUUACGGCUUUGAGUGAGUUGUGUUUUCACGAUGAUUGUCACCCCAAUAGUAUUGGAUUCAUGUGCCCGGAGAUGAUCUCGGCCACCAUGUUAAAGUCCGAUGCAGAUCGAAUUCUAUUGUACAUGACGAGGUCCAUGAGUGCACUUAGUUCUAAGACAUUCAUCUUAUGUCCAUACUACGAAAAGAGUCACUGGAUGCUUUUAGUUCUUUGCUUGUCUAAACGUGAGGUCUACAUAUUUGAUUCUCAACAGAAGAAGAGAAAUUUGAUGAUUAAGGAGCCACUAAACAAUGCUUUUCGGAGUUACAAGAGACUAGGUGGACAAUCUAAGGGAACUAAAUUAACAUGGAUUCCAGCACAGGUAUAAUUAGUUUAUUAUUUACCUAAGAAGUAAGUUUUUCAAAAUUAUAACAUACAAUGUGAUAGAAAUUUUA